GCAGCAGUGACAGCUCUGUAUUUCUCAACACUUCCUCUUAUCCCAGAACUAAAGUCAACCUGGAUUUUCUGACCACACCUGCAGAAGUAUCGCCUGGAUGUUAACAGGCAUGGCUGUGUUUGAGAACUGCUCUGUGCUGUUUGAGCUGAAAGCGUUGCCUUACAAGGAGAAGAAGGAGCUGAAAUCAGCAAUAACAGAGAAUGGAGGCAACAUUUCCUUUGUUGUCAAUAAAAAGUGCUCUCUGAUAGUGACCAAUGAUGUAUCCAACCUGAGCUCCAACAGGCUGCGUAGCAUCCAGAAAUACCAAACGCCUGUGGUCGGGGUGGAAUAUGUGAACAGCUGUCUGGAGAAGGGAGUUAUUCUGCCUGUGGAUGAAUACAAGCUGGACAUUUCCUCUCCCUCUGUGUUCUCUCCUCCUCUUCCCCCCUCCUCACCAAGGCGUAGUCCAAUCUCACAUCAAGUGUCCAAAGUACCAUCGAGCAACACCGAGCUCUCGAAGAGGGAAGAGACUUCAGGGAAGAGCAGAAACAUCUUGGAAAAGUUCAGAAUUUAUACUGAAACUGAUACGACUCUUCCAAAGUACCCGGAUAAUUUUCAAGUGGCAAAGUAUUCAAUCUUUGAAAAGAUAAACAGCAGGACGUGGUGUGUGCUGGAGCUUCAGAGUUACAGAGGAGAGACAGGAUGCCGCUACCGGGUGGUCAGGUACUGGAAGGACGAUAUCGGAGCCAAGGAGGCGGCGGUGAGGGAUAUGCUGGUGCACCUGUCCACCUCAGAGGAAGCUCUGGAGGUCUACAAGACCCUGAGAGAGACCCUGCAGGCUGAUGGUCUGCAGCUGAGGAACAACACCCCCCCACAGGCCCCAGACCUCGGCUCCGACCCCCUCCAGCUGCUGCUGCUGGAGGAGCAGCUGAACACAGGAAGCUUAUCACAGGAAGUGGGAGUGUUUGUGGAGCUGCUGUGGACCGAGGCCCUGGGCUGCCUCGGCAACAUCCUCACAGUCCCCAUCAACAAGCUCAGCCUCAACGAUGUGAGCAGGGUGGAGGGCUUGUUGCUCCAGGCUCAGAGGAAGCUGAAGGAGUCAGAUUAUAAUGAGGUUGUGUCUCUUAUUGAUGAGGUUUACACCCUGCUGCCGCACAAAGAGCCACGCCCCUUUCCUCCCACGGCCAAGUUCAUCUCUCAGAAACUGGAUCUCUGUCAGUUAAUCCGAGAUGUUCUCAACGUGAGUGAAAUGACCCUGAGGAGCCCCAUGCCCUCCUGCCUGGGGAAGUACCGCGCUCUGAGGUGCAGCAUUGAGGCGGCCCCCCCCGACACCCCCGAGCUUCAGGCUGUCACCUCCCUGCUGCAGGAAAGGAAGAUGCAGGUCAAACAGGUUCUGCGUGUCAGCCGAGGAGUGGAGCUCCAGACGUUUAAGAGUGAGUUUGGGAACGUUGGGCCCCUGCUGCACUCCUCCAGCCCCAGCAACUUUGUGGGAGUCCUGUCUCGUGGUCUGCUGCUGCCCCGUGUUGGAGUGGAGCAUCAUGGGAUUGAGAGAACAGACGCGGGUAAUCUGGGCAGUGGAAUCUAUUUUAGUGAUGACCUGAGCACCAGUUUGAAAUACUCCAAGCCCAGCGAGACAGACGGCUCUCGGCUGCUGUUGGUGUGUGAUGUGGCGCUGGGUCAGUGCAUGGACGUCCAUAAGAAAGACCUCACCCUGACCGAGGCUCCGGAGGGAUACGACAGCGUGCACGGGGUCCGCCGCACCCCCAACACUCACUCUGAGUUUGUGGACGAUGAGUACGUGGUGUACAGGCCCGAUCAGGUGAAACUGAAGUUUGUGGUCCAGUACAGUGUCGAGGGAGACGCACCGAAGGAGUUCAGUCCAAACAUCAACAUCUGCGCUGAGCCCUCUACGGACCGAGAUGAGAAGAUAACUGAGAAACCUGACAAUGAUAAGGAGCUCACGUUGGAUGAAAUUGAUUUCUGUACUAACCCUCUGGACGACAUGAGGUCUGGACUGAUGGACAGCUCAGGUCAGCAGCUCCCUCUGCAGGCCGUCCACGUGAAGUGCAAACUGAUGGAUCUGCUCUCUCAGGUCAUCAUCUUCCAGAAAUACACAAAUCUGAGCUCUGUGCCCAUCGAGGCAAAGUACGUCUUCCCCCUGGAGGAUUCUGCAGCAGUGUGUGGAUUUGAAGCUUUUAUUAAUGGGAAACAUGUGGUGGGACAGGUGAAAGAGAAAGAGACGGCACGCAGGGAGUACAAGCAGGCGAUAAAGAAAGGACAUGGAGCCUACCUCAUGGACCAGGACGCCCCCGAUGUGUUCACCAUCAGUGUGGGCAAUCUGCCGCCCAAUGCGACCGUCCUCAUUAAAGUCACGUUUGUGUCCGAGCUGGUCGUCACGGACGGGUUAAUUUUCUUCCAUCUCCCUGGGAGCGUGGCUCCGUGGCAGGAGAGUGCGGCGCUCAACCAGACCACACAGGUCACUGUGGAGAAGGUGUGUGUGAAAGAUGAGGCGAGAGAGUUCAGCCUGGACAUGUCGAUUGAGAUGCCGAAUGAGAUCACAAAGCUGUGUUGCAUCAGCCAUAAAGUCAAGAUCAAGAAAACCGACUGUAAGGCAGUGUUGAGCGUGCUGCCAGGAGAGGUCAUGGGUCCAGUUGGUUUCAUGCUGUCAGUCACUCUGUCGGAGGUCCACCUGCCCAGGAUGUGGGUGGAGAAACACCCCGACAAGGACAGCCAGGCCAGCAUGUUAGUUUUCUAUCCAGACUUUGAAGUGAACUCCGAGCGUGAAUCUGAUGAACUCGUCUUGCUGCUCGACACGUCGGAGUCCAUGAAGGGAGAGUCUCUCAUCUUGGCCCAGAAAAUCGCCCUGAAGGUCCUCAGCCAAAUCGAUAACAACACCAAACUCAAUGUCAUUUUAUUUGGCACAGAUCACAAAGACGCUUUCCUCACAGCACGGCCGCUCUUUGAAGCUCAACCGGCAGCAGAAACAUUUAUCAAGCUCUCCUCUCCAGUAGGGGGCAGCACUGAACUGUGGCGGCCCCUGCGAGCUCUCAGCCUGCUGCCUCCGUCCCGCGGUGUCAGGAACCUGCUGCUGCUGUCGGACGGACACAUCCAGAACGCAGAGCUCACCCUGCAGCUGCUCAGAGACAACGCCGAGCACAGCCGCCUCUUCACCUGCGGCCUCAGCCCGACAGCCAAUCGGCACAUGCUCAGAGCCCUGGCUCAGGCCGGGGGCGGAGCCUUUGAGUUCUUCGACACAAAAACCAAACACAACUGGACAGAUAAGGUUGCAUCUCAGCUGCAUCGUAUGGCGUCUCCCAGCUGCAGUUCAGUGUCAGUGAAGUGGCAGCAGUUCAACCCGACAGCGCCCCCUCCUGUUCAAGCUCCCAAGCAGCUCCACGCUCUGUUCAAUGACUGCCACACCCUGGUGUACGGCUUUGUGCCGCACUGCACUCAGGCCACCCUGCUCGGAAAUCUCAGCGGUCAGGAGCUCCAAACCAUGGUUUCAACCAGUGAGCUGCAGAAGACCAGAGGCACAUUUCUUCACAAGCUCACUGCGAGGGCCCUCAUCAGGGAUUACGAAGACGGAAGCCUGGAUACCAAUGAAGCCGAACAUGAGGGAAAGAAAGCGGAGCUGAAGCGCUUCAUCAUCGAGUUAAGCAAAGAGUUCUCCAUCCUGUCUCAGUUCACCAGCUUUGUGGCCAUCGAGGAAAGGGACUCAGAACAACCAGAGGAAGGCUUUACAGACAUCCCAAAGCUACUCGCCGAGGAAGAUGUGGACUUCCUCCCCUACAUGGGCUGGAUUUCUCCUCAGGUCACUGAAGAGGAGGACUCUGAGGAUUAUUCUGAAUUGAUGUCCGCAUGCUUAAUGGACUGUGGGCUCCAAGGGCCCUCUGAGGAUGAGUCUGAGGAUGAGUCUGAGGAUGAGUCUGAGGAUGAGUCUGAGGAGGACUCUGAGGAGGACUCUGAGGAUUAUUCUGAAAGGAGGUCCAAAUGCACUAUGGAGUGUGAUGAUGGUAAGGUGUUAGGGUUCCAAGGGAUCUCUGAGGAUGAGUCUGAGGAUGAGUCUGAGACUCUGAUUGGGUCUGUGUUUCAAAGUGGUCCAAUAAUCGAAAUGAAGCAUGGGGCCUCUCCCUUAAAACUGAAAAAAAUAAGAAGAGGGGACGUGGACACAUGGGCACCUCCAGCACCCCUGUGUGGCAUUGAAGUAACACUAGAUUCUUUUGAAACGCCUCUAGUGGAUGAAGAAAUGCAUUCGUAUUCAUCAUGCUCAUUUCAUCCUCCACCACCUCCUCCUUUCCACAUGAAGGAACUCGGCCAUAAAUCUCCUUUCCGUGCGCCUCUCCCUCAGAUCAGUGGUCUUCAAAGCCGCUCAUUUCAUCGUCAUGGACUAAUGGGAGCAGAAGUUCCCCGACACCACGGCAUUAUGUUCGGUGCACCGCAAGCUGCAACUCACUCAGAUGUGUUGAUGAAGAUGAGCGAUGAUGGGCCUGAACCUCCUGUCACAGGGAAAGCAUUUUCAUUCUCAACACAGAGACAUUCACUGUCCUAUUCUGCUCAUUCACUUCAACGCCAGUCCACCUCUCGAGACCCUCCAGCUCCCCCUCCUCCUACUCUUGGUCCAGCUCCUCCGCUAGCUGAAAUGUUACUUGGCUCUAAUGCCAUGUCGGAUCAGCGCAGUGGGUCACUGGUAGGACGCGCUUUCGGGAACAGAGCGCUAUCACGUUCCAAUCAAACAGGAACCUCCUCUGGUCUCUGGGAUGCAGGGAGGUUUGCACCCCAGGAAUGCAGCUUGAGUGUUUCCACCUCAACAACUGAAACAACUGAAUGUGCGACUGGAUCUCCUGUGAAAGGUCAGUCAGGAUGGUUUUCCAGUAGUGCAGAAUCUUUAUUCUCCAGACAAAGAGCAAACUUAUUUUCUGAUGAACAAGAAAUGUCAGGCUUUGGUCUCAGGGGUUGUGCGCUUGAAGAAGAACCCGUUAGACAAGAUCAGCCAAUGAAAGAUGCCCCUCCUGCUCCACUUGAUGAAGCAUCAGAUGUCCAUGUAGAGCGACGUAUGCACAAAUCCAGAGGUAGACCAUUAGCAAAGCCUGAAGAAGAUGGUCCCUUAUAUGGAAGUUCUUGGGGAGGACAGGUCCACAUGAAGGAACUCGCCCAAAAAUCUCCUCUCCGUGCGCCUCUCUCUCAGAUUAGUGGUCUUCAAAGGAUCACUCUCCGUAUGCCUCCCCCUCCUCUCUCAUUUCAUCCUCGAGAACAAAUAGCAGCAGAAGUUCCCCAACGCCAAAGCGCCAUGUACGGUACAACGCAAGCUGCAACUGAUUCAGAUGUGAUGAUGAUGAUGAUGAACGACCGUGCGCCUGAGCCUCCUGUCACAGGGAAAGCAUUUUCAUUCGGAAAUGCACUGUCCUAUUCUGCACAUUCACUUCAACGCCAGUCCACCUCUCGAGACCCUCCAGCUCCCCCUCCUCCUACUCUUGGUCCAGCUCCUCCGCUAGCUGAAAGGUUUUCCAGUAGUGCAGCAUCUUUAUUCUCCACAGCUCAGCUCUUAUUUUCUGAUGAACAAGAAAUGGCAGGCUUUGGUCUCAGGGGUUGUGCGCUUGAAGAACAAGAUCAGCCAAUGAAAGAUGCCCCUCCUGUUUCACUUGAUGAAGCAUCAGAUGUCCAUGUAGAGCGACGGAGGCACAAAUCCAGAGAUAGAUCAUCAGCAAUGCCUGAAGAAGAUGAGCCCUUAUGUGGAAGUUCUUGGGGAGGACGGGUCCGGAGUAAAGGUCUUUUUAAGUCUUCCAGGAUGCGUCAAUCAGCUGAUCAACCAUUCGAGAGGAAGUCAGCAGACCCUGAAGCGCUGAAGCUCAGAUGGACAGAGAUCUUCCAAAUGCAGCAUUCGGAGGGUUACUGGCAGUUCACCGCAGAGCUGGGUGAGCUGAUUAAUUUGGAUGUGGACCUCUUCGCCAACGUGUUCCUGAAAAACAAAGGCAUCCAGUCUCUGGGUGUGAAGGCCCAUGCAGACAUCCUGAAGCUGGUGGCGACUCUGCUGGUCCUGCAGCUGAUGAGAGAGGAGAAGAUAGAGGAGGGCAAACUGCUCCGCACCCUGUUCUGCCUGGACGACUCCCCUCUGCCCAGGCCUGAGCGUUGGGAGGAGGUGAAGAGGGCGGUGGACUGGGUCUGCUGGGCGGACCGGCAGUACCCGUGUGUCUACAGCCGGCUGGAGUUUGGAUUCAGCUGGGAGUCCUCCACCCGCCAGCUGCUUGGCUUCGAAGGCCUCCCUCCCUUCUCCGCUCUCAGGGGGCUGAACCUGCAGAAGACCGUCCCCCUGGUUCUGGUCCACUGAGCAGGAUAGUGAGAGGGAGGUUCACACCCCUUUGCCUUUUUAUGGGGAUUACAUCAUCUAUUGGAUGUAUUUGUAGCCCUUUUAUUGUCAGUGUGUUUA